UUCAGACAGCACGACUUUCGCUCUUUCGCACCUGCUACUAACAAUAUCAGCUCCUGCGAUCUUUAAUUCCUUUUGCCUUCAUAUUCAUCGAGCGCAAAUCGCUCCGCGCCAAACGGUCUCACGCGGUCAAUUUGUGCCGCGUUUGGCUACGAUUUUCGAAGCAUAAUUCACAAUGGCAGCUACAGACCCGGGAGCGAGCUCAAUCUCAGUCACAGUUCGUGUUAGACCUUUCACAAUCCGCGAAGCUGCACAAAUCACAAAAUGUGAGGACGGUACAUUAUUUCUCGGCGAUGGCUCCCUCGCUGGAGCUCCAACACCAAAGCUUGGUCAGAAGGGAAUCCGACCGGUGGUUAAAGUAAUAGACGACAAGUGCUUAGUAUUCGAUCCUCCAGAGGAUAAUCCGGUCCAGAGAUUCUCGCGAUCUGUCGUAUCGAAUAUGGGCAAGAGGGUAAAGGAUCAAACCUUCGGCUUCGAUAGGGUAUUCGACGAGAACACAACACAAGGCGAGGUCUACGAAGCUACAGCGAGAGGACUGCUGGACAGUGUUUUGGAAGGAUAUAAUGCUACUGUGUUUGCAUACGGUGCGACAGGUUGCGGAAAGACACACACAAUUACUGGCACGGCACAACAGCCCGGUAUCAUCUUCUUGACGAUGCAGGAGUUAUUCGAAAAAAUCUCCGAACGCAGCGACGAGAAGCACACAGAGGUCUCCCUCUCAUAUCUCGAAAUCUACAAUGAGACGAUUCGGGAUCUACUGGUACCUGGUGGAAGCAAACAAGGAUUGAUGUUACGAGAAGAUGCCAAUCAAGCAGUCUCCGUGGCAGGACUUUCGAGUCACCAUCCACACGAUGUGCAGGAGGUCAUGGACAUGAUCGUCAAAGGAAACGAGUACAGAACAGUCUCGCCGACGGAGGCCAAUGCCACUUCGUCCCGGUCACACGCAGUAUUGCAAAUCAACGUCGCACAGAAGGACCGGAAUGCGGAUGUCAACGAACCCCAUACCAUGGCCACACUGAGCAUCAUUGAUCUUGCUGGUAGUGAACGUGCCAGUGCUACAAAGAACCGAGGUGAGCGAUUGCUCGAAGGUGCCAAUAUCAACAAGUCCCUGCUUGCGUUGGGAAGCUGUAUCAAUGCUCUUUGCGAUCCGCGAAAGAAGAAUCACGUUCCAUACCGGAAUUCGAAGCUCACUCGUCUCCUCAAAUUCUCCCUCGGUGGGAAUUGCAAGACGGUCAUGAUUGUCUGUGUCAGUCCUUCUAGUGCACACUUCGAUGAGACCCAAAACACCUUGAGAUACGCCAAUCGAGCGAAGAACAUCCAGACCAAGGUCACAAGAAAUGUUUACAAUGUUAACCGACACGUCAAGGAUUUCUUGGUGAAGAUCGAUGAGCAAAUGGCUCUGAUCAAUGAGCUCCGCGCACAACAAAAAGACUUCGAAGGUGUGGCAUUUGUCAAAUAUAGGAAGCAAAGUGAGAAGCGAGAUGGAAUUGCCAGAGAAGGAAUACUAAGAAUUCGAGCUGCUUUCGACAACUCUGCUGCUGAGCGAGAGGAGAAGGCCAACAACAUGAAGAAACUCUCAGCUAUCCAAAGACGUAUCAGUAUUCUUUCGUCGUGGAUUGCUGCAUUUGAUACAAUCUGCGAUACGAGAGAAGAGGGUGAUAUGCCAACUAGUCUUGCUGCCAUGCGGAAGACAGCUGUCGGAAUCCAGUUGGAGCUCGAGAAUAGUAGACAACACUAUCAUCAAAGACUCGAGAAGCAAAACUGGGAACGAGCUGUUGAUUCGGCCUUGCAAAAUAGUAUCCGACUGUUGACCGAAGUCGAUGGAUCCGCAGAUGGCUUGGACGUGUCGAGUCUAACUCGAGAGGCAGAGCUGCUCAAAGCUAAUGCUGCGAGAGACGCUUACCUGGAAGUUCUGGAGCAGGACAAGGGAGGGGAUUCGCAAAUUGUGCAAGUACUUCUGUCUGCUCAAUUCGACAUCAUCUCAUCUCUCAAUGAUAUUCUAAGCAUGAGCGAGGAGGAGGCUGUCCAGCACGCAAAGACUAUCUUCAAGCGUUUACUGCAAAGCUGUUCUGAAGCCGCUGCUCAAGUCGUCAAGCCGGAUGGAUCUAUGAAGAUCGUCGAAGCGUUUCCUCCAACGAAGCGCGGAACACCGAAGAGGAAGAAGACUGUAAAUCUUACAGAGAGCCAACCACGCCCUGUUCCUGUAAUGCCAGCUUUUGUCGCUGCUGCACCACAAGUCUACUCAUCACCAAUGAAGUCUUCACCUCGACGACGAAAGGUCAUGGGAAAGAAAGGACUCUCUUAUACCCCAAAGAAGAAGUCUCAACGCAGUGUUAGAUGGCGUGAUGAUGCUGAAGCUGGUAAUCUUGCAGAAUUUGAGAAGACUCCUCAAAAACCAGCCGACACCCCAGAAGUCUCGUCAAUCGAGGACAGCGUCGUUCUCCCUAAGUUACCCGCUUACCUGGCAGAAGAAGUCUCGAACGAUUCUCUCGGUUCAUCUCCAAUUCCUGCUGCGCCAGAGCCGUCAUUCGAGAUCAAGCCCAAGGUAAAUCGCUUCCAAGCUGGUUUCUUGUCAAAGAGAACAGAUGGAUCACCACCACCUCCGACUAUCACAAACCUCUCCUCAUCCGACAAUGACCAGUCACCUCUUCGAGCGAUCAAUGCUUCGAAUGCCGCGAAUCGCUCCUCCCUGCAUCAAGUACAAACAGCAAACGAGACACCAACCGACAGCGGCAACAAUUCCUCCUCGGAAAGUGAGAAUGGUAGCUGGACAGUGGAUAAGUCUGACAGUGCAAAGAUCGGCCAGGCUUUGAAGCGUUCUGGAUCCAUCUCACGGGCCUCGAAUGCACACGACUCAAUUCGAGGCAGAAGAGCCCGAAGUCCUCCAGCUUCAGUCAUGGCAGGUUCGCCGCCAAAUGAGAAUAUGUUCACGGCUGGCCACGCUCGACGUAUGGUCACCAGUCAGAAGGAAGGAUCUUUCACCUCAAGUGUUCUCAGUCCUCGCACUGCUCCAAUCAUGAAGCACAAUCGCCGUACUACCAUCGAUGUCAGCAGACAAACCAGUGGUAGCAUGUCGAGUGGUCCCGUCCGACUUACAGGCACUAUUGGCAGCACACCGAAGCAACGAGAAAGCGUCGCAGGUCUGACUGGUAAGGGUUCUUGGCGCUAAACAGUACGUAUCCCAGGGGACUGGUGUAAGAAUAAUAGCUAUGAGAUUGGCAUUGGCACUGUUUUCUUGAGAUCACUGCAUUGGCUGGAGUCGAGCGCUGCAAUUGCAUGAUGAUAAUGACUUCCUCAUUCCUGUAUCUUGUAUUUUCCUUCCAUCGCUCCACAGCGCGAUCAGAUUGAAUGGCGUCGAGAGUCUGGAGUUUGGUGAAGUGAGGGAUGGAAGGCUAUGUUGUUUAGUAGUGUUUGUGUG